AUGGGGUUCGAGAGAUUGUUCGAAAAUUUCGAGAACGUGGAAAAAGUUGAAGAAUGUAAACUGAUUGGAAGUGUACCACCAUGGCUGAAAGGCACAAUGGUGCGUAAUGGUCCGGGUAUGUUCAAAAUUGGAGACACUGAGUAUAGACAUUGGUUCGACGGAAUGGCCUACAUUCAACGGUACCACUUUGUAGACGGAAAGAUGUACUACUCUGCUCGUUAUUUGGAAAGCGAUGACUAUAAGAAGAACAUGAAGGCACAACGUAUAGUGGCCACAUCAUUCGGUACAAGGACAUUCCCGGAUCCUUGCAAAACGUUGUUCCAAAGAUAUGUGUACACAGGCACGCUUGCAAAUCCAAAACAUUGUAUUCUGGACAAGAACCAACGAUAG